GUACAUAACAAUUAUCUUCCCUUUACAGAUGAGAAAAUUGACCAGAUUUGUGCCCCAUCCCUGAUCCCAGAGGCAAUGAGUGAUCUCUCUGCUGCAUAAGCUGUCCUUAACCUUUCUCUUAAGUCAGACAAUCUGCUUCCUCUUGAUUGAGAGCAUUCCAAACUGUGGUCCCCCUGGGCUCUCUUCACUUUGCUGUGGUGCAGAAGAUUUAAAAUCAGCUGAUGUUCACAAGGAAUAGAGUCACGUGAUGUAUGAAGGGAAACAUAUACACUUCUCUGAGGUUGACAAUAAGCCCUUGUGCUCAUAUAGCCCCAAACUGUGCAAGCAGCGGCGACUCAACGGCUACGCUUUCUGUAUCAGACACGUUCUGGAAGACAAGACUGCCCCCUUCAAGCAAUGUGAAUAUGUGGCCAAGUAUAACAGCCAGCGCUGCACCAACCCCAUUCCCAAAUCAGAGGAUCGUAGGUACUGCAACAGCCACCUGCAGGUACUCGGCUUUAUCCCGAAAAAAGAGAGGAAGAAAAAGAAUGAUCCGGUAGAUGAGGUGAAGGGCAGGCACCAGAUGGAUGCCGUGGCGUUUAGCCUGACGGUGCCCACGCUGGCCUUGAAGAUGCCCAAUGGACUGGAUAGCAUGUCCCUCUCUCCACCUGGGGCAAGGGUCCCUCUCCACUACCUGGAAACUGAGUUGGAAGACCCCUUUGCUUUCAACGAGGAAGAUGAUGACCUAAAGAAAGGGGCAACCGUGAGAAAGAAGUUGCAGAGCAAGUUGGCUCAGAACCGGCAGCGCCAGAGAGAGACAGAGAUUUUAAAAGUACGGCAAGAGCACUUUAGUACCCCUCCCACGCCUCCACAGCAGCACGCCCACCUGUCACCUCUAUCCACUUCUUUAAAACCUCCAGCGCCACUGCAGGGUUCAGUCUGCAAGUCACCUCAACCUCAGAACACCAGCCUACCAAUGCAGGGAGUGGCCCCCACCACACACUCUAUAGCACAAACAAGGCAGGCCCCUCACAAGAGGCCUCUGCCCCUCCUUCCAUCCAGUCGGGCUCCCAUCUCAGACGCCCCUAGGACUGACCGAGUCCUCAUGAAAGCCACCGCCUUCUCUCCACACUUCUCCUGUAUAAGCCGACUGCAGAGACUGGUGAAACUGUGUACCCAAAAGCAUCAGCUGGACGCGGACCUGUUCCCUCACUUAGGGUUGGACUGGUCUGAAGAGAGCGGAGAAGAGCCGGAGGACUCAGAUCAGGCUUCGCCAUAUCAGGUUGCCUGGUCCAUCCGAGAAACCCUCAGAUAUGAAAGACACAUGUCGGAUGACGAUGACAUGGAGAGUAGGAGCUCCAGGGUGACCCAACUUUGCACUUACUUUCAGCAGAAAUACAAGCACCUCUGCCGCCUGGAGCGGGCAGAGUCUCGACAAAAGAAAUGCCGGCAUACUUUUAGGAAAGCGCUGCUGCAGGCAGCCAGUAAAGAGCCCGAAUGCACUGGCCAGUUGAUACAAGAACUGCGGAGAGCUGCGUGCAGCCGAGCCAGCUUCAGCCAGACCAAGUUGAAGGAGGUGGAGCCAGCAGCGUGCAGCGGAACAGUGAAGGGUGAACAGUGCUCUAACCAGGCCCUUCCCUUCACCAGACAUUGUUUCCAGCACAUCCUGUUGAACCGCUCUCAGCAGCUGUUCUCCAGCUGCACUGCCAAGUUUGCAGAUGGACAGCAGUGCUCUGUGCCAGUGUUUGACAUCACACACCAGACACCCCUGUGUGAAGAACAUGCCAAAAAAAUGGAUAAUUUCUUGAGAGGAGAUAACUCCCGUAAAGUUCAGCACCAGCAACAGAGGAAACCUAGGAAAAAAACGAAGCCCCCUGCACUUACCAAAAAACACAAGAAAAAGAGAAGGCGUGGACCUCGACGACCCCAGAAACCAAUUCCCCCUGCAGUGCCCCAAGGGAACCUCAGCAUGCCCACCAGCGUCUCACUGCCAGUGGAGGCCUCGCAGAUCCGUAGCCCUUCUACGCCAGAGCUGAGUGCCGAUGAGUUGCCGGAUGACAUUGCCAACGAGAUCAGUGACAUUCCGCAUGACUUAGAAUUGAACCAUGAAGACUUUGCGGAUGUCCUGCCACGACUGCCUGAUGACUUACAAGAUUUUGAUUUUUUUGAAGGAAAGAAUGGAGACCUCCUCCCGACCACCGAAGAAGCCGAGGAGCUUGAGCGGGCCUUGCAAGCUGUAACUUCUCUCGAGUGCCUGAGUACAAUUGGGGUACUUACCCAGUCAGAUGGUGUGCCAGUUCAGGGGUUGUCAGAUAGAGGAAUGGGGGUGUUCUCGGCGGGUACUGAUGCAUCGGGAAUCCAGUCCUUGAGCCGAGAAGUAAACACGGACCUAGGGGAGCUACUGAAUGGACGUAUAGUACACGAUAGCUUUUCCAGUCUGGAGCUGGACGAGAACCUCCUCCGUUCUGCUACCCUGUCUAACCCACCCACACCCCUGGCAGGGCAGAUCCAGGGGCAGUUCUCUGCCCCAGCCAGCGUUGGCCUUACUUCUGCCACUCUGCUCAGCCAGAGUGCACUUGGGGAGAGAGCCUUCCCAGGACAGUUUCAUGGACUUCAUGAUGGCAGCCAUGCCUCCCAGAGGCCACAUCCUGCCCAGCUGCUGAGCAAGGCAGAUGACCUAAUCACCUCACGACAGCAAUACAGCAGUGAUCAUUCACACUCCUCACCCCAUGGAAGCCAUUAUGAUAGCGAGCAUGUGCCGUCGCCCUACAGUGACCAUAUCACCUCUCCCCACACAUCUUACUCUGGUGAUAAUAUGGCAGCUACCUUUUCAGCAGAGAUGCCCAUCAUGGCACAGCACUUGCUCCCCACCCAGCUUGAGGUGCCACUUGGAGGAGUGGUCAACCCCAGAACUCACUGGGGGAAUCUCCCCGUCAACCUUGGCGAUCCCUCUGCAUUUAGCAACCUCCUCGGCGCGGAUGGACACCUUCUUUCCACUUCCCUCUCCACGCCACCCACCACGUCCAACUCAGAGACCACACAGCCUGCCUUCGCCACCGUUACCCCAAGCAGUUCCAGUGUGCUUCCGGGGUUACCACAGACCAGCUUCAGUGGCAUGGGGCCUUCCGCUGAACUAAUGGCCUCCACCUCUCCCAAGCAGCAACUCCCGCAGUUCAGCGCAGCCUUCGGCCACCAGCUGAGUUCUCACAGUGGCAUUCCUAAGGACCUGCAGCCCAGCCACAGCUCGAUAGCCCCUCCUACAGGCUUCACAGUAACAGGUGCCACGGCUACAAGUACCAAUAAUGCAUCUCCCCCUUUUCCCACCCCCAACUGAGCGAGUCUGUGUGCUUGCAGGCAGGUGGAACCUGGUGUUUUCUAUCUUUGUUUCCUCUUUUGCACCCUUUUCCUCUUUUCCUACAGAAGAUUUAAAAGUAACAGCGGGGAUUAGCGGGACUCCCCCUUCCCAGUCAACAAGUGGCCGUGGAGUGGACCUUGCGUCAGUGUUCACAUGUGCUCCUCAGCACUGGUGCUCUUUCCUUCCUGGCGGGUCCUCUCGGCCUGGCGGUUUUCUCUGGUGGCUCAGCACAGUGACUGGAUAGGAUUGAUUUUUUUUUUUCAGCAAGUCCUAGAAGUGGAAGAUACCUCAGAUUACCAGUGCCCUUUACUAUUUCCUAGUGUUCAGAUCAAUGAUUUCCAUUCUCUAGCCAGGUUUUUACAUAGGUUGUUCUAGAUAGAGUGGUCCUAUUGAGAUCCUGUGUAGCAGAUGGUGUGUGGAGGCAAAUCAAAGCUCUGACGUAGCACCACCUGCCAAACACCGUGGUGAGGCCUGGAUGCCAUUCCUAAUUGUGAUGUGGUUAACUGAAAAGAAAAUCGUCUCUUGACUGCCUGUGAAUGCGUGUUCACCCCUGUGUGUGUUUCGUAGCUGUCAUGGUUUCGCUUUGUUUUGUUUUCUCCCAGAAAAAGGCUCUUUUUCGCUCCUUCCGCCUCAUACCUAGCAAGGUUGGUCCUUCUUUCUUGCUGAGUUGACUAAAGCAUCCUGAAUAGGGAGGGGGUGUUUUGCUAGUGAUAGCACAGCCCUUUCUUGCUAGAGAUUAGCCUAUGAAGAAAGGAGCCACAAAAGGCUGAAUUCACAUCAGUUACAGGGAGUGUCAUGGCAACUAAUCUCAAGUGGCCACAGGGCUGCUCAGGGUUAGGGUCUCACAGUCACUAUACCUUUUCCAUGUGUAUUUGUUUCAAAAUCCCUCACUCAUGGAACACAUUUGCAAAUUGUAAUUAAAGAAAAUAUUUUGAUGUGAAAAAGCAGGCUAGACCAGAUAGGUUUGAAAGAUGACAUCUGUGACCUGCUUGGUCUGUCAUUUGCUCCUAGUUUUUAAAUGUUUACAGUUGUGAUUCUUUGGUGAGACUUGUGAACUGUUGAGGACACGUGCUGAAGCCGUGUACCAGUUGUGAAGUGAUGUGUAAUAUCGGAAGGACACACAUUUUAAAGUUUCUUUCAAAGCAGAAUAUGGACAUUAGACACAAUUUUGACUUACCUUAGGUGCUUUUAAAAUAAUUUAAGUACUUAAGGUGCAGUAAAUUUGGAAAUUCUUUUAAAGUACCAAGGUUUUAGGGUAAAAAUUGUAUUGGUUAGUGCAGUAAGUUGGUGACUAUGAAGUGAUGUGUGAGGUUUCUUCUUGCCUGCCUUCCCUCCAGAGAAGGGCGGAGCUUCACUGUCUACUCUUGUCUGCUGAGGUUUCACUGUCCCUUUGGAUACCAUUGGGUAUUCACACCUGAGUUCAAUCUAAUUUGCAUAUGUAUAUUAAAAAAAUAAGACAACAUAUCUAUUAAUGAUGUGGUACAGUAAGUCUUUUGUCAGGGACUGUUUGAUCAUAAUUCCUUCCUAACAAGUAAAAGUCAGAACAUCUUUUCCUCCUUGUUAUGUGUGUUUUCUUCAUGCCAUGCUAGUUCUAGCCAGUCCCUUCUGUUGCAGGCUUUGCUUUCUCUAUCUUGUGACGGAAUCGUGGUGAUGGGCAGGCAUUAUGCAGAUACCAUGUGCCUGAGCUUCUGGAGGGAAAGUCACAAAAUCAUGAUAUGCCCUAAUUUGUAUUUAUUGAAUUGAGGGAGGGCAAAAUAUGUUUGUAAUAUAUUUACUUUUUUUUAAAAUCAUGUUAAUUAAUUGGAACAUUUAUUUUAAUAGCAUUGCCAUUUUUGCAGAUUGAGAAAUUUCUAAAUUAUAAAUUAUGUCACAAAGCAAAAUUAUAUUUGGUAUCACCAUGAACUUCUCUCCUGAAUAGUGAGAAACAGCUUUCUGACUAUUUCUCACCUGUGAAUUUAUAUCAGUAGCUUUUUUCAUGUCAGUGCACUGUAAUGAAAUGAUAAUGUGUGGUUACUUCACCUCAAAAGUAUCAUUUUGUUUGCUAAGCUGUUUUCAAAUCCCAUCAUAAUAAUCACCAGAUGACUGUGUACUCCCAGAAAAUUUAUUUUGUCUCCAUUGUGUAUCAAUUGAAGAUUGAAGCAGAGCAGCCCUGGACUUCCUUAUCAAGCUCUCAUUUUGACAGUGAAAGUCAUGGGUAGUCAAUUUGGACUGUUACUGCCUUUUUGUCCCUACAUUAGCUGCUGAAAAUUCUUUAGUUGUCAAAACUGAGUUUGCAGUUGGUUGCACCUUUUUAUUGUUUGCAGUUUUCUGUUUUAUGUGCAUUUAAAAGCCCUUCUUUGCUUUUGAGUAAGAAGGCAUGAAGUGAUCAGGAAUGUUGCCGGUUAUAGCUUCACACCAAAAAUAUUGAGUAAACUUGCUUUUGUGUAGAUGCCCAUGACAAUAGCUGAAGAGAGGGCAGUACUGGUAUAGGACCGGAUAAUUAGCAGAAAGUACACUUUCUUCUAUUUCAGAACUAACAUCCAAGCCUAUAGCUUGCUUUUCUUGUGAGUCCCCUGUUGGAAGAAUAUCUAUCUAUAAGCCCAGAGGUAUCCACUUCUAGUUUCUCUUCUAGUUAUUGAAGCAGUUCUAGUCGCUUAAUAGUAGGUGGGGUAUUAAUAUGCAAAGAAAAAUUAAGCAGCUUUUACAUAGCACUUGUGUUAAUGUAAGGCAAUACUGGAAUCAAAAACAAACCUUACACAAGGUCCUAAUGGGGUAGAUAGAUGCUAGCUUUUGUUAUAGUGUUCAGUACAUAAGAAACAGUGACAGUGAAGGCUCCCUCUGUCUCUGCAGUUCUCUGGGACCAUUUCUAAAGGCCAGUUAGAUUGUGUUACUGUGAUUUAAUUUUUGAAGUUGCUGCAGAUAAUGAAUGCAUUGCAUUCUGUGCUCUGAGAAUCUGAUAGUCAGCAACUGUAAUCUCUGGUAUCUGAAGGGAAGAUGGGCUUUCUCUCCUUUGAUUGUUAAUGUUAUUUUAGUAAAGUACUCAAGACAUUGUUUGUUUCUUCUGUAAAAAUGCCUUAGCAAUUUCCACACCUUGGUAGGUUACACAGCUAGGCAGCAAUUGAGGAUAGUAAAUAGCAGUUACAGGUAGACCACCAAGUGACAAAGAUUAUGCAAUGGAAAAAUUAUGUGGUUAUCAUCGCAUAGCUGAUAAGCAAAGGUUGCUUUCUCUAGUGAGCCUACCGUGUGAAGUAUUCCUGCUUCAUAAAUGACAGCAAUUCCAUGUUGGCAGGCAAUGUGGUGUGUCUAGUGCCCCUCCGUGAGAAGAUUAUGCUUUAAUGAGAAUCAUAUAGUCAUUGGAGAUGGAGUUGGAAAGUGAUCGUUUUAGAUUCCUUAAAGUUGAUGUUACCAUCUUUAGUGGUGUAAGGCUAGGGACAGCUAAUACUUUAUCUUUGCCAAAUAACUAUUUAUAAGAUUAAUCUUUUCAAGUAAACCAGACUCUCACCUGAAGGUUAUGGAUUCUCCCCUCUUGUGAGUCACACUAAAACUUUUCCAAAGCUCAUUGUUAGUCCAUGCUCACAAUCCACACAGCAGAGUCAGUUCUUUGUUUAGGAAGGAAACCAUGUCUGCUCUCUAGGCAUCCUGGGCAUACAGUUUCUUUUACACGAAAGAACCUAGAUUUCUUUCUGUUGGCCUGUUGCAUAGUGUGUUAUAAACUGGCAUUAGAAUUGAAUCACACAGAGGUGAAGCCCUUACUGUGUGUUCCUUGAAUCUGACCUGCAGUCUUCCCUGCGCCUUGGCAUCCUGGCCAGCAGUGGGUGGGCUGGCUUCAUCUGCAGCACCUCUUUGAAGCCACUGCCUCCCUCUAGCUGAGUUCCGAGCAUGGUUAUGCAUUGUUUUGACAUUGCAGAGUGUGAGGAUAUUAACACUAAACUAUUUCAUAGGUUUGGAAUUCAUUGGAAUUUUAAAAGUAUUUACUUUUUUAGGCUCUCCAUCUUUUCUUCUUAGACUUAAAAAGAUAAAUUCUAUUCUGUAGCUGACAUGUGUAGAAUAAUCUAAGAGUGGUUUGUUGAAUGGUCAAGUACAACUCUGGAAGUAUAAUGAAGAAGUUUGGAAACACCUUUGAGUUCAGUUGGAGUGAAUCCUCUUUUGUAUCUCUUUCAUUACUGCUCCCACACUGUUGUAAAGGUUUCUUCCUGUCAAAAUUAUUUCAUGGGGAAAGUCACUUAUGAAAAGUUAUUCAUUUUUUCCCCUCUCAAUAACUUGAAAAAUAACCAAACCCUCCCUCUAAUCUAGUAGAAAAGAAAUAAUGAUUGCUUAAUAGUUUUGGCUUCAUUAAGCGUCCCCAUAUUAUUUUAUUCUGGCGGGAACCAAAAAUCACACUUUAAUUAAAGGAAUAUUUUAAACGCUGUCUUUCACAAUGUGUAUAAUACGGUCUCUGUGAAGAGCACAGAUGGAGAUCUGUUAAGCAAUCCCCCUGGCCAGCGAGUUAAGAGCUGAACUUCUGGUUGUUAGUCAUGGCUCUUCCAACAGCCAGUGUCAUUAACGCUGCAGUUGUGGGUUAGGGUUAGGGAGCCACUUGUUUUCACUUGGAUCGUUUGUCUUGGUUAGUUUUCCCCUCUACACUGUGAUAAGGAGCAAGUAAAAUAGAUGUGGCAUUUCAGAGAGAAGACGUGUCGUGACUUUAUUUACCCGUGUUCCAGAGCAUCAGUAAUGUGUUGAGUGGCUAGAAGAACAGAUCCAAGAUGAUCUUUGACUGAUCUGAAGUUUGUGUGAAGAGCAGUCUUCUAAGACAAAAGCUGGUUGUAAGGCCAGUGGGACAGCAUGUUUUCUUUCCUUCCUUCCUUCCUUCCUUCCUUCCUUCCUUCCUUCCUUCCUUCCUUCCUUCCUUCCUUCCUUCCUUCCUUCCCUCCUCUGCCUGUUUUGCACGCUCAUCCCCGGUGCUGCAGUGUGCGCAUGCACACACGUGAGCCGCACUCAUCUUGGCCCAAGAGUGGUAUAAUCUUUUUUCAUUGGUUUUUGUUGUUGUUCUUAUGUGUUUGUUUGUUUGUUUGCUUUUUAAGCUGGGGACCACUGACCUAAGCUCUAUAUGCACCCCAAGUUCCCCAUGGAAAACGUUUCAACACGCAGGGCAGAAGGCACCAGUACAGCUCAAGGCCACACCAUUGUUUUUCCUUGGGGAAUAGACUGAUUUGCCCCCAAAUGACUCCAGCCUGUAUCAUGAAGGUACGGGCGCUCCAGCGGGUUAGUGCUAACACAGUAGAGAGCUUGACACCUGCUGACAGUGUGUGCCUCUGUUCCAAAGGGUUGAAUCAGUUCUUCUCAACAGUGAUAGCUCUUCUCACUGUAUAGUGUUGAGUAUGUCUCAGGGAUUCCUUGCGGAAAUUAGGGCAGUUUUUAAAAUAAGAAAAUAGUUUAAAAGAAACUAAAGGUGACUCAUCAUUGAUGAGAGCUCAAGAAAGAGAAAGCAUUUGGUUUCAUAGCCCGUGGUAUCUCGCCGAGGACUUUUUCCUUUCUUCUUCAGGCUCUCAUCUCAGCUUCAGCAUACAGAAUCCUUUCCCAUCAUGCACAGCUUUAAAACUUUUAUUUAAAAACUUCCUUCCCCAAUGAGCUUUCAGAAUACUUAUUGUAGAUUUUAAGAGAAAUGGUAUAUUAAUUUAUGCUAUUAACAUCACCUCAUAAAUUAUAAGUUUUAUACUAAAGCUGUAUUGAGUGUAAUGAAUUAUGUUGCCUAUGUGUUUUAAUAGCUUAAAAAUUAUAUAUGAGCUUCUUCUUUUUAUUUUUAUUUUUGACAAAACAAACUAGUGACGCACCUUUUUACACUGGAUCUCUGCCGUGUCAAGGUGUAUAGCUAUCCUUUGCUACCUUGCAGAUAUAUAAAGAAAAGGAUAACCUGGGGCCUCAAAAUGUAGAACACCCUUAGACCAUUUAUUAUCAUUCAUAGAGCUGUUGAGAAUCAUGUUCUUUAGUACAUGAUCUGUGGUUUACACUUAACGAUGGCUAGACACUUAGUUACAGGGUAAAUAGAAGCAAAUAGAUCCAGUAAAACUCCCACUACUGUAGCUGGAAUUUGUAAACUAAGUUUUUAAGACCUUUGUUAUUUCCUAUGGAUUUAUUCUUUAAUUUACAGUUUAUUCUGUAAGUUGAGAAGUAAAAUAGAGAAAUUAAUAAAUAGAUGUUCUCAGUGUCUCAUUCAGGAACGUUUUCCCCUCCUCACUAAGGAAUUCCCACUGUGACUUAAAAAUAGAGGUAAAUUACUUGUGUGCAUGUAUGUGUCUGUGUUUUUACACACAUGCAAAAAUAUACGUUGGGGGCACGUGUGUGAGAUAUGAAUGUGUGCUUGUAUAAAAUAGAAAGGUAACCGAAUGUAUUAUAGAAAUAUGAUUUAUUUAGCUGAGGAUAUUACAGUUACUUUCCCAUUGUUUCUCUUUUAUAACCAUGCCAUAUUCUUUGCUAUGUUAUGUUCAAAGGCUAGCUCUGAUAUCAUGUGCAUUUUCCUUUAACCUUUGAAUUAACUUACGGUGUUUUUAAAGUGACAUGAGAAAAAGCAGAUUCUAAGACCAGCCUCAUCCUUAUGAGCAUAAAAUAAGAGAGAGACAGACCUAGAUAACAGCUUAUUUGUCUAUUGAUGUGAUGGGACCACAGAUUUGUUGAAACAUUUUUAUGUCUAAUAAAUGUUCUUUAUAUUCCAAGUAAUAAAGUAUUAUGAUGUUUUCUUGGUCAAAUUCAGAAAACCUAGGCCUUGGUUAGGAGGCUUCUGAAGGGGCUGCUUGUUUUAGAGGAGUUGGUGGCUCAUUUCACUGUAUCUAUUUCAAAGCUGGUGUUAUUUUAGUUCUUUGCAAAACAUCCUUUAGAACUGGGUUGUGCCAUUGGUUAUAUGGAGCGUAGCACUGCAGCUCCCAUCUUUUGGCUGUAGGAAAAAUCAUGCUCCCCUUGAUGCUUACCUGAUUCAUGUGGAACUAAACAGAAAGAUACAUUCCUGUACUUUGAGCUUUGUCAUUUUGCCGUGCAUCCUUUCCUGGAGCAUCUGAUGGUCUGAGACAGUCAACUAGAGCCACGUGCUCCCCUCACAUUUAUCGAUAAAACUUAUUGCUUAGGGAUAUGUCAGAACAACUCCCAAGAACAGAUUUGGGUUGGUAGUUGUCUUUGAGGCCUCAGUUACUUCAUCUUAGAUUCAGUCAAAACCUGGGUAAGCUUUCUGUGUUGUUUUUUACGAUUGUAUUUUUGUAGCAUCUCCCUGUUUCAUUCACUCUUGCUUUUGGAUUUUAAGAAAUCUGCAUAUUUCUUGUACAUAUGCAUGCAAAUGAAAGGAGGGAGUUUGUACUGAUGUCAUUUCUCCCUUCAGUUGCUGGUUAAUGGAAUUUGCUAGAAUUAGUUCCCCCUCAUCGAAGGGUGAGAACAGACCUUUGUGUAUAUCUGUACAGAGAUGUGUAUAUGGGCUGUGGUGGCACUUUGCUGAAUGUGAACUUGCCUUGUCAAUGGAAAGAUUAAAAAGUAUUAUGUUUAUUUAUACAUUUGUAUAAAUCUAUAUAUACACGUAUGUAUAUGUGUGUGUAUAGAUAAAGCUAUAUACAUAUAUUUCCCUAAAAAUGUGUGUGUGUAAUAGAUUUACAGCCUUUGCUAAGCAAGAUUAUGCAUCUGUGGGAAAUUCUGGAUUAUUCUGCAAGCCCGAGAAAGUGACAACAGUCUAGAGUACAUCAUCAAGCAUACUGAAAUAAAAAUCUUUUGGAUUGCAGUCACAAAUUACAGACUACAUUGGUCACAAAUGAAUUUCUUCUUUCUCACCAGUUGCACUAUUCCUCAGACUGCUAGCUAGUUUCUCAUUAACAGUCACACAUCUUUGUUGAGUUGUCUAUCGUCCUAAUGCUGGAAACGGACUCCCGAGGGUGGCCUUGCAGGGCCCCUGCUGAGCCACAUGUCUCCCCCACUCCCUUAUUCCCAACUCAGUUCUUUCGCUAGAAGCCUUGGCAUGAAUAUCUUGACUGUUGCUUUCACAUUCCUUAAUCACUGACAGUCCCCCGCAGUAUACAGCCUUCAGUCAUAUUUUCUUUGAGAAUUGGGUAGUUAUCAAAAAUAAAAAGCCAACAUUCAAACCAUUAAUUUUUUUUUUUUAACUUAGGGAACUUUGCAGUAUUUUACUUAAAGUGAAGAAAAAAUACCCAUAAUUAUGACUUGAUGAUUGAUAGUAGUAGUAGGUGUAUUUCCACCCUUAUUAUCAUUUAAAUAGUUUGAUUUGCUUUGUGUCUUAAAUAUAAAUUUACCAUUUGAAUUUUAACCAGUAUACAAAGUCAUGUGGAGGCCUCCUGAAUUCUGACUCAUGUUUUUCAUGUUGAAAUGCUCUAAUGAGUUCCCAUGUAAUGAAUUCUGCUAGAUUUCCUUUUGACUUUCCUUACAGUUGUGACAUUCAGUUUUAACUCUGCCACAGUUCUCUAGAAAACUUGCACCCUUAUAUAUCGUGCCUUUAAAGCUCUUAUGCACACACAGAUGAAGUGUAUAUACAUACAUGUUGGCGCAUGUGUACAUAUACUUUGGUAUAUGCUCACACAGUAUGUCUCCAGGAUAUACUGUGGGAGUGGACAUAGAGAUAUUCAAAGGCAAUGGAAUGUUGCUCUCUAGAUAUAUAUGUAUAUAAAUAUUGUUGAUAUAACUGUACAUACACAUGUAUAUGUAUGAGUUCUAAAUGGCAAUCUUUUACAUUUAGCAAAAUGCUGCCCUACUGGAAUAUUGCCACUGCAAUGGCAGUUGUAUGUAAUGAUUUAAAAUACAUUAUCAAAAAUUAUUUAAAGAACAUUUAAAGGUCUCAUCUAAAGUCAGCCUCAUGCUAUUUAUUUAGCUUUCUAUUCAUUUUAUUGUUAUGUUUGCAUAACUGAAAGGGAGACUGUCAUUUUAAAAAUACCAUCUGCAUAGGAGAGACGAGAUUCACUUGGGGCACUUUGUGCAUCUCCCCUCUCUCUGAAACAGUGACAUACCACAGUCCAGCUUGUUGAUUUCAGUUUCAGAGCAAUCCUAACAUUGCCAUUUGUGUGUGUCAUUCACCAUCUCCUUGAUCAACUUAAUUCACCAGUCUGCCUCUUCCUUUCAUUAAUGAAUAAUGCUCAUUUCCAUCAUGUUGUCUGGGGGAAGCUGACCCCUCUCUUGCUUCAAGGAACUAGAUCUCUAGCCGUUGUUCUGCCUUGUUCACAAUUCACCUUGGAAAGAAGACUGUUCUCAUGAUGCUGUCUUAAGCAGAGUUUAUUUUGCAUAGUUUGAUUUAAAGAUCUUACUGAAUUCUUUUUUUUUGAAAGAGCUCUUAACUCUUAAGUUGCAUGUACUUGGCAUUAUAUUAAAUUCUUACUGUCCUUCCCCACAAGGUAUCUUUUUCAUUCAUCUAUCAGUUUUCCGUACUGAAAGCAAGAACAUUAAGUCAAAACUGUUAAAUACUGUUUUGGUUUGAGAUGAGCUGGCAGCAGAUCAUACCUCGAGAAUUUAGAGGGAGAGAAAGGUAGAUGGAUAGGUAAUCCUAAAUGCUAUGUCAGGUGGGGAGUGGAGUGAGGGUACUCCUAAGGAAACAGAUUUCACAGAGUAGCUCGCUGGAACUGAUAUCAGAACAGCCUUUAACAAAAAGCCUCUUGGCAGAUGUAUGGUACUAACCAGAGUGCCCAAGUGUAAAUUAAAACCAAGUUGCAGUGGGAAAUCAAAGGUGAGGUAGCCAUUGGAAACCAGCAAAGGACAGGCAGGAUAGAGAGUUUUCAAAUGUCUUUUUACAAAGUAACUGCACGGUAGCAAGGACUAGCCAUACCGAGAGCUCUUCUUUUCAGUGUUCUCUUUCACCUUGGCACACAGUAUGCUUCAUAUGCCAUACAUUCAGAGCACGGACAGGAGGGCAGCUGCUUAAAGGGGACUUACAAACCAAGCAUUUUCUCUCAUGUCUGUGUCACGGCUGCCACUUAGUUCCAGGCACGCCCACUGGGAGCAGCUAUUCUGCAGAGCGUAGAGGAGGCCGGCAGGGUUUGGAAAGGCCUAUCGGUGGCGCUGGCUGUGGUUUUGCUGGGGAGGACAGACACAUUUGGGGAGAUGAGGGGCUUUUGGUUUGUGAUUUCCCUUUAAACAGGAAGAGAUGGUUCACAUUUUCCAUAUAUAUAUCUCAAUGAAUGUACUGUAUUACUGUUUUAAAAAUUUGAUGAAAUAAUAAUGGAUUGGUCUCCUUUUGUUAUCUGGUCCUUGUUUAAUUUGUUUAAGGGUUUUUGUAUACAAAAGUUUACAUUUUUAUGUAUAUUUUUCUUGUGUAAAAACUGAUGUAAUAUGUGUAUAAAAACACUGUAUGUAUUAUCUGUAUAUAGUGUGACAAAAUGAUUUUUCUUUCUUUCUUUUGGAUGUAUUAAUAAAUCUUGCUGUGAAGUA